AUGGGAGAUAUAGUUACAUCCAUAAGCAAGUUGGAGUCCCAUGGUAAACUCCCUUCUCAAACCGAAAAGAACCCUAAUGUCAAUGUGGUGACCUUGAGAAGUGGCAAACAAACCGGAGAAAAUAGUUCGAAGAAGAAGUCGAGGGAUGAAGAGGAAGAAAUAGAGAUUAUCCCCAUUGAGGAACCCAUAGCCAAGAAUGACACACAAGCCGGAGCCCCAAAGAAGACUACUCCUCUAGUGACACCAAUAGCCACUCACCCACCGUUCCCCUCCCGACUUGCAACUUCAAAGAAGAAUAUGGAGGGGAAAGAGAUCUUGGACACCUUCCGAAAGGUGGAAGUAAACAUCCCUUUACUUGAUGCAAUCAAACAAAUUCCAAGGUAUGCAAAAUUCUUGAAGGAGCUUUGCACAAACAAGAGAAAGUUGAAAGGGAAUGAGAAAAUCUCGAUGAAUGAAAAUGCAUCCGCGGUUUUACAAAGGAAGCUUCCACCCAAGUGUAAAGAUCCCGGAAUGUUCACGGUCCCUUGCAAGAUUGGAGAUGUCACCUUUAGUAGUGCUAUGCUUGAUCUUGGUGCCUCUAUCAAUGUCAUGCCUUACUCGAUGUAUGAAUCAUUGAAUGUCGGACCCUUAAGUGAAACCAGUGUUAUAAUAUCUCUUGCGGAUAAAUCAAGUAUCUUUCCUAGAGGUGUUUUGGAAGAUGUCCUAGUGCAAGUAAACCAGUUGGUCUUCCCGGCAGAUUUCUAUGUGAUUGACCUAGAUGAACAAGUAUCCUCAAAAUCGGGUAUAAUCUUACUUAGGAGACCAUUCUUGAAGAUGGCUAGAACAAAGAUUGAUGUGUAUGUGGGAAGCUUAACAAUGGAAUUUAAUUAUGUUGUCAAACCGUUGACUCAAGAAUUGUUCGAGUUGUGUGAUGAUGACAUGUUGGAGAUGGUUUUGAGCAAGGCGUUUGAUUGUGCAAAAUUAGCCAAGAAAUUGAAGCUCUAUUCGCUAGACCUCGAAAUUGAAAGAUUAGUCAACAAUUUGGAGAUAAAGAAGACCACCCAAUUUAGUGUGAAGCAAAUUGAAUUACCUCAAACUCACAUGAUAUUGCCGCCCUCCCUUGUCCAACCGCCAAAAUUAGAAUUGAAGAUCCUUCCUCAACAUUUGAAGUAUUCGUACUUGGGAGACAACGAGUCCCUUCCGGUCAUCAUUUCAACUCACCUAACCGAAUUUGAAGAAGAGAAACUUCUCAAGGUGUUGAAGGAGCAUAAAGAAGCCAUAGGUUGGACGAUUGCGGAUAUCAAGGGAUUAAGCCCCUCCAAUUGUACGCACAAAAUUUUGAUGGAGGAUGAAUGCAAGCCAAGUCGGGACGCACAAAGAAGGUUGAACCCACCAAUGAUGGAAGUUGUGAAGAAAGAGAUUUUGAAGCUCCUUGAUACGGGGAUGAUCUAA